AUGUCCAAGUCUGCAAGCCCCCAGCCAGGACUUUUGGUGUCUCCUAAUACUGCAACAUUCAUAUAUUCCCUCUCGCCGACCUCGAGCUCAUUGUCACUAGGGCAAGUUUUACCAAUACCUGCAAAGCCAAAGGCGCCAUCUGUGAAACCGCAGAAUGUUUUCUCCAACGACGGCUCGUUUCUCGACCGGAUUCGGCGUUCAAAGAAGGUCGGAGUACUCACAUUAUCCUUGCCUUACGCCGAAGAAGAGGACAAACGCAAGGAGAAAGAGGCCCUCGAAAGGAAGAAGAACUUUGCAGAUCGCUUUAAAAAUCGAGGAAAGCGCCCCGCCCCUUCAUCUGACCCUGCCUCGGAUAUCACCGCACCAGAAGAUGAACAAUCUCCUCAGAAGAAACCUAGGAUAUCUGUGGACACCCAGGAACUUGAGGAGGGUCGGAGUGCGCAAGGUACAUGGCACGACUCGGAUCUCUCCAAGAAACCUCACUCAACACACUUGGUGCUGCCAGCGGAGUACCAGAGAGCCGUUGGCUCGUACACGCCCAGCCUCAAGGACUCGGGUACCGGUGUAAGACCUCUUGUUAAAUAA